CGAGAUGCCCUUCAACAUCUGGUGCGACGGCUGCCAGAACCACAUCGGCAUGGGUGUCAGGUACAAUGCUGAGAAGAAGAAGGUGGGGAAUUAUUACACCACGCCCGUGUACAGGUUCAGGAUGAAGUGCCACCUGUGCGUGAAUUACAUCGAGCUGCAGACGGACCCCGGCAACUGCGACUACGUCAUCGUCAGCGGGGCCCGGCGCAAGGAGGAGCGCUGGGAGCCGGGGGACGGCGAGCAGGUGCUGCCCUCCUCCCCAGAGCAGCGGCAGCGCCUGGCCACCGAUGCCAUGUUCCGCCUGGAGCACGGCGUGUCGGACCGGGGGGUCCUGGAGCGCGUGGUGCCCACCCUGACGCGGCUGCAGGAGGCCCAGAGCGCCUGGAAGGACGAUUUCGGCCUCAACAGCCGCCUGCGGAGGCGCUUCCGGGAGGAGAAGAAGACGCUGAAGGAGGAGGAGGAGGAGGCGGCGGCGCUGGCGAGGAAGGCCGGGCUGAGCAUCCCCCUGGUCCGCGAGGAGGAGGAGGAUCGGCGGCUGGCGGCGCUGCUGCGCCUGCGCGCGCCCGACUCCUACGAGCAGCGGCAGCGCCUCAAGCGCUCCGAGAUCUCCCAGCGCUCCUGGUUCGGACCCGGCACCUCCCGGACCCCUCCCCAGAAAUUGGGGCUGGGGGCGCCACGGACACCGCCGGGACCCCCCCCGACCCCCGCCGGGCUCGGCAUCGUCAGGAGGGGGGCGGGGACACCCCGGGACCCCCCCCAGGAUGGGGGAGCCCCUCCCCAGACCGAGGGGACCCCUCCCCAAAUUGCGGGAACCCCCCGGGACCCCCCCGGUGCCGCCCCCCAGGACCCCCCCCAGGCUGAGGAAACCCCUCGGGACCCUCCCCAAAUUGAGGGGACCCCUCGGGACCCCCCCCAAACUGGGGAACCCCCCCGGGACCCCCCCCGUGACGCCCCCGCCCCAUCUUUGGUCGCCGAUUAUUCCGACUCCGGUUCCGAGAGCCCCUGAGGGGAUUUGGGGGGGCCGGAACCCCCCAAAAUGAGGGGUGGGGGGGGUUGGUUUGGGGAGGGGUCUCCGAGCCCCCAGCCCCUCCCCCCCGAGACCCCCUCCCCCCUGUUUAUUGUAAUU